GCUCGCGCCAUGCGCCCAUGCAGACGCACGCGCAGUCUGCCGAGCCGCCGUGGACUUGCUGCCUCGCUCAGCCCAAAAGAUACCGCCUGCCGGCACCACCAACCGCGACGACUGGGUCCAUUUCGGCGUCACGCCCCGCCGCUUUCCCCUUCCGGCCUUAUUCCCCACCUCCCUAUAAAGAUCGCUCCAUGCAUGCCGAUAUCAUCACUUCACAUCGCCAUCACGUCCCACACGCUCACACUCACAUCAUGGCACGCCACCCUGCUAGCAGUGCUAGCCCUCUCGCUCUCGCGGCGGCUGCCCUCCUCUUCCUCUGCCUGCUGUCGGCCUGCCGCGCGGCCGCCGCCGGCAGCAAACAACCGAUCACCGCCGUGGUGCUGCCGGUGAGCAAGGACGACGCCACGCAGCAGUACGUGACGGGGUUCCGGCAGCGCACGCCGCUGGUGCCGGUGAAGGCCGUGCUGGACCUGGCAGGAGCCACGCUGUGGGUGGACUGCGACGGGUACGCGUCCUCCACCUACACCCGCGUGCCGUGCGGGUCCACCCUCUGCCGCGGCCUCUCGCGGUCGCCGGCCUGCGCCACCACCUGCUCGGGCGCCCCGAGCCCGUCCUGCCUCAACGACACCUGCGGCGGGUUCCCCGAGAACACGGUCACGCGGCUCAGCACGGGCGGCAACGUCAUCACCGACGUGCUGGCGCUGCCCACCACGUUCCGCCCGGCCCCGGCCCCCGGACCGCUCGCCACGGCGCCCGCGUUCCUCUUCGCCUGCGGGUCCACGUCCCUGACGCGGGGCCUGGCCGCGGGCGCCGCCGGGAUGGCGUCGCUCAGCCGCGCCCGCUUCGCGCUGCCCACGCAGCUCGCGUCCACGUUCCGCUUCUCCAGGAAGUUCGCGCUCUGCCUGCCGCCCGCGGCCGCGGCGGGCGUCGUCGUCUUCGGCGACGCGCCUGCCUACGCGUUCCAGCCCGGGGUGGCGCUGUCCGCCACGGACCUCACCUACACCCGGCUCCUCGUCAACCCGGUGAGCACGGCGGGCGUGUCCGCCAGGGGCGACAAGUCGGACGAGUACUUCGUCGGCGUCACGGGCAUCAAGGUGAACGGCCGCGCCGUGCCGCUGAACGCCACGCUGCUGGCCAUCGACAGGAAGCGCGGCGGCGUGGGCGGGACCAAGCUCAGCACGGUGGCGCCCUACACCGUGCUGGAGUCCUCGAUCUACAAGGCCGUCACCGACGCGUUCGCGGCCGAGACGGCCAUGAUCCCGCGGGCGCCGGCGCCGCCCGUGCCGCCGUUCAAGCUGUGCUACGACGGGAGCAAGGUGGGGAGCACGCGCGUGGGCCCGGCGGUGCCCACCAUCGAGCUGGUCCUUGGGGACGAGGCCACGUCGUGGGUGGUGUUCGGGGCGAACUCGAUGGUGGCCACCCAGGGCGGGGCGCUGUGCCUCGGCGUGGUCGACGGCGGCAAGGCGCCGCGGACGUCGGUGGUGAUCGGCGGGCACAUGAUGGAGGACAACCUGCUGCAGUUCGACCUGGAGGCGUCGCGGCUUGGGUUCAGCUCCUCGCUGCUGUUCAGGCAGACCAACUGUAACAACUUCCACCUCGGCUAGCGGACGGUGGGUGCCACCAGCUGCUUCUUGACGGUGUCAUGUCCGGUCUGUAUGUCCGUCUGAGACCAGAAGAAGAUGAUGGUCUUGGUGAUUUGGGCAGUCGCUGUCUCAAUAAAUUGUCCCCCGCUAGUACGGUGGUACCGUACCAAACACAUGUUCAACUCUA